UUUGUCCGCCUCGGUGGGCGGGAAGAUGAGGCGGGGAAGCGCCGCCGCCGCGCGCCGAGGCGGGAGGGGAAGCGCGGCCCGCUGAGGCCCCGGCGGCGCGAAGGCCUCUGAGGCGGGAUGGAGCCCUGCGGGCCGCGGGGCCCGGCCGGGGUCGUCACGGGCCCGCCUGCGCCGGCGGGGCAGCCCCGGGAGUACAAGCUGGUCAUGCUGGGCGCCGGCGGGGUCGGGAAGAGCGCCAUGACUAUGCAGUUCAUUAGUCAUCGUUUUCCAGAAGAUCAUGAUCCCACUAUCGAGGAUGCUUACAAAAUGCGGAUCCGGAUUGACGACGAACCUGCUAAUCUGGAUAUUUUGGACACUGCAGGCCAGGCAGAAUUCACUGCUAUGAGAGAUCAGUACAUGCGAGCCGGGGAAGGGUUUAUUAUCUGCUACUCCAUCACGGAUCGCCGAAGUUUUCACGAGGUGCGCGAGUUUAAACAGCUCAUCUACCGCGUCCGGCGUACCGACGAGACUCCGGUGGUCCUCGUGGGCAACAAGUCUGAUCUGACUCAACUCAGGCAGGUCUCCAAGGAGGAAGGUUCAGCUUUGGCCCAAGAAUUUGGCUGCCCUUUCUUUGAAACCUCCGCUGCCUUUCGCUACUACAUCGACGAUGUGUUUCACACACUCGUCCGGGAGAUCCGGCGGAAGGAGAAGGAGAUCAUCAUGGCCUUGGAGAAGAAGUCCAAGCCACGCCCGAGCGUUUGGAAAACCCUGAAAUCUCCGUUCCGGAAGAAGAAAAAUUCCGUAACCUGAAAGAAGGGCGUCCCUUAGCCAGAGAAGUGAGCACCUCUACGGAGAGGCCAGACAGUGGAGCAGCUUUUGAGCCUCUCUUUCUGCUGAGUGUGUUCGCUGAACUGCUGCUGCGUGCAAAAUCCUGGAAGGCCGUUCUUCGGGGAAAUUAUUUUACUCUGGCACGGAGAGAUGUGCUGCAGCGUCUGCUUCAGAUUUCUGCCUCCCAAGCUGGAGGAGGCUUGGCAAGAAGCCACUGACCUAGAGUAACCACCUUACUUCACACCUCCCGAGGAGGCUGGCAUUGCUCGAUGCCGUUGCUAAUUUUUUUCUGGAUCUGAGGGCCAGCGUUCGGAGGAUUACAGCUUGGCGCCGUUUAGGAGGAUGGGUGAGGUGAGGGGGCAGAAGGAUGCUGUAAACCAAGUUUUUUCUCUUUAUUCAGUGUAAGGAACGCCAAUGGGCCUUGUUGCUGUGUGGGACAAUUGCACAGGUUUUGUGGCAUGUGCAGUUUUACCGUUCCUCAACUACGCUCCUCCUCUGCGGCAGCUUCUCCUUUAACGCCACCUCUCUGAGCUCCGUUAGAAAAGAUGAUUGCUCCCCUCUUCCCCGUGAACGCAAAGGUGGGGCUAGGGAUUCCGUUGCAAAGGGUUAACUGAAUGUAGUUGACGCAGCCCCAUCGGGGGACGGUCCCCGGGUCUGCAACUUAGGGAAGAGCGAGGGAGAGCUGUGGAUCGGAAAGCGGCCCGUCUCCUGAGGGGUAGCGCUGCGUGGCCGGUAAAUGAUAGGAAGGCAACCUGAGAGGCAGUAAGGGAGGGUGACGGGGAGCGGUGUUGGAAAGUUGGAGAGCGGUAGGGCAUGUCGGAUGCAGUGAUGAGUUGGAAUUGGGAGGUAGUUUGCAAGCCUCAGGAGGCGGGGUGGGGGGCACGUACUUCGCUUGAGAAGAGUCCAGGGUCCAGGAGCGUUGGUAGCAGACCCUCCAGAGCUGUCUUGGCCGUGCUGGGCUAAGGGCUCAAGACCACCCCAUCUGCUUUUAUUACAGCAGUGCCCCCGCCCCCGAGCAUUUGGGUCAAGUUUUUUCCUGGGGUCCAGGAUGGGCACCAAAGCGGAGCCCAGGCGAACGACUAUGGAAGAUUUGGUACAGCAAGUUCUUUGUCCGGGAUGCUUGCAAGGCGGUAUGGGAGAGGCUCACCUCGAAGCAGAGCAGGGGUUGGGUAGAGCUAUUUGCUGAAGGCAAGAGGGGGUGCGUCUCAGAGGUCUUUUAGGUUGUGCAAGGCAUAGUUAGUCCCUCCCCCAGUCAGUCUCUCCAGUUUCGUGAACCUUGACAAAAAACAAUCUGCUUUAAAUUGAAUUAACUCUUAAAAUCCAGGGGUCUCCUGUCUUGGCGUCGUGCCUGGCUCCUUUCUUCCUGUCAAGUAGCCAGGACACAUUGCGGGGCAGUUUUCACAAAGCAAAGUGUUGUAAGUUGCGUGUGUUUACAUGGGGUCAGAUGGGAAAUACAACAGCCCCUUGCCAAGCUUCUCUGUUUACUGUCCCAUUUAAAGAAUGACAGAAAAUACAGAACUUAUUGCUUCCAUAAGAGGCUAAACAAGCAUUAGACAUUUCUUCUAGGUAGUUUUAUUGCUCUUGGAUUUCCAAAUGUUACCAAUUAGAGUGUUUUAUAUAUAUAUAUAUAUGUAUUUAAAGAUUCUUGCUGAGAAGUUUGAUAGUUGGGGAGGGGGGGAAAUCACAUUCCAUUUAAUAAGGGUUAUUUUGAAUGUGUUUUAUUGACUGUAGCAAUAUAUGGUGUAUUUAAAAUCAGUAAAUUAACGUUAUGAACAA